UUCUAAGCUUCUAGGGAUAGAAGGAACGACAUGUAAACAUUUGUGCUCGAUCCCUAAUACAAGAGAGGUGGAAGUUUAGUGUCGCCAAUCAAUAACAGAAUUGAAAACGUUGCCAUCUCUAUUUUCAAUACAAAGGAAUGAAAGGAUAAAAAGAUUAAAAUUUUUCUGAUCAUUAAGAUAAAUUGUCGAUGUGGCAAUGUGCAUUCGGGUUUUUUGUCAUUGUGUAAAUUGUGUUCUCGCUUCUAGAGCGUCUUAGUGGGCUGAAUCUUCAUUAUUUUUUGUUUUCAUUAUUUUGUAUUAUUCUAUAUAUUGUUAUAUUUAUAACGAUUAGAAGUGAUAUAAGACAUGGGUAACAAGUGUUUUUUGUGUGGUUUAACUUAUAUUGUGGGAGGUGAGGUUAGUGUUCACAGACUUCCAUCGAAUCAACUUGAACGAGAAAAAUGGUUGCAGAGAAUUUCUUGGAACGAACCAUUGUUGGAAAAAAAAGUUUAUUAUCUUUGCUCAAAUCACUUUCCUGAAGAUUGCUUCCGAUAUAUGAACCUAAGGAAAAGGCUUAUCCCAGGAAGUUUGCCUUCUCCUUUUGAAAUCAAGUUGGAAAUACCUCCGACCUACUCAGAAGGGAAUCGAGGUAUUGAAGAACAGGACUCAACAGAAUUUUUUUCUAAAAAACAGUCACCAUUGGGAUUUGGCACUUCAACCACUUUUUACUCUCCUUCAAAAUGUGCAUCAUCCAGCUCUAGCAACUCUGAGAACCUAGGGAUGAGUCUUAUCCAAGGAGGUUUGCCUUCUGCAAUUAAAAUGGAAAUACCCGAGGAAAUACCUCUGACCUGCUCAGAAGGGAAUGGAAGUAUUGAAGAACAGGACUCAACAGAAUCUGAUUCUAAAACACAAUCACCAUUGAGGUUUGGCACUUCAACUACUGUUAACUCUCCUUCAAAAUGUGCAUCAUCCAGCUCUAGCAACACUGAGAACCUAGGGAAUAGUCUUAUCCAAGGAGAUUUGCCUUCUGAUAUUAAAUUGGAAAUUAAAAUGGAAAUACCCGAGGAAAUACCGAUGACCUACUCAGAAGAGAAUGGAAGUGUUGAAGAACAGGACUAUACGGAAUAUCUAUCUGAUUCUAACAUACAAUCUCCAUCAAAAAAAAAAUUGGGAUGUGACACUCCAACAACCAAUGAUUCAGAAGAAACGCUGACUUCAACCUCUCCUGCAUGUGCAUCAUGCAGCUCUAGUAACUCUAGUAAGAAACGGUUUUUCUCAAAUCCCCGCUAUAUUGGAGACUAUACACCUAGUCAUUUGGAAAACCCUAUGCUGCGAGAGAAAUACUUUUGGUUAACUCAAAGAACCCUGUCCGAUUUGAGGAUCAAAAAUAAAAUAUUAGCAAAUCAAGUGAGGCGCCUUAAAUUAUCCUUAAAAUCAAAAAAACUCAUGGAAAAUAAUCGUCACAUUUUGCCGGUGAGAGAUGAGAUGGAGAAUGCAGUAAAUUUAACUAUUGCUGAACCAACAAAGGUGGUAAUAUUUCUGAACCAAUAGGAUUUUCUAAUAUAUAGUUAAAAUAUAUUUCUUCUUAGAACAUUAAUAAUUUAUAUUCUAUAUUUCUGUGAUAAAUAUACUCUGUUUUUUUUU